AGAGGCCAAGCACUUGGAGCAGCCACUCUGCAGAGCCAUUUGUGAUUCAAGCGCAGGGACCUGCCCCAGGCAGGAACCCCAGACACCCUGCUCUCCCCGGACAGCAGGGGGCGCCUCAGGCCCCAGCUCCUCCCCCUGGGUCCUGCAGCUGCACUUCUGAAGCCUGGUCCCUUCAGUGCCUGGCCCGGGGUAAAAACCAAAGGAGAGGACAGGGGUGAAGCUGAGGAAUCCAACUAGGAGGAGAAGCUAGUCCUGCCCCCAUUUUCCGGCUGCUCCCCAUUCGGCCUCUCCCUGGGAGCCUGAGUCCAGGAAACAGGAAGUGCUGAUUCUGAGAACAGAACAUGGGCCCUGCUGGCUGUGUCUUCCUAUUGUCCCUUCUGCUGGGGCUCUCAGUAUGUGGACGACCUGUAUACUUAAGCCUUGUUGUGGGUGGCCAGGAUGCUGUUGCGGGGCACUGGCCUUGGCAAGUCAGCCUGCACUUGGGACAGACCCAUGUCUGUGGAGGUUCCCUCAUCAGUGAGAGGUGGAUACUGACAGCAGCACACUGCAUACAAUCGACCUGGAUUCCUUGGCAAUAUACUGUGUGGCUGAGAUCGAUUAAAAUAGGCAAUUCAAAUAAAGGUGUGAAGCAUCAUGUGUCCAAAAUCGUCAUCCAUCCCAAAUUUCAAAAUAUAACUGCAGACAUCGCCUUGUUGAAACUGGUCUCUAGAGUCACCUUCACUUCUUCCAUCCUGCCCAUCUGCUUGCCCAGUAUCACAAAGCAGCUGACAGUUCCAGGCUCUUGCUGGAUGACUGGAUGGGGAAAAGUUAAGGAAAGUGAAGAUACAGAUUACCAUUCCACCCUCCAGGAAGCAGAAAUACCCAUCAUUGACCACCAGGCUUGUGAACAACUCUACAACCCAAUCAGUAUCUCAUUGCCAGAAGUAGAGCCGGUCAUCAAAGAAGACAUGAUUUGUGCUGGUGAUACUCAUAAAAUGAAGGAUUCUUGCCAGGGUGAUUUUGGAGGGCCUCUGUCAUGUCAAAUUGAUGGUGUAUGGAUCCAGAUAGGAUUGGUAAGCUGGGGGAUAGGAUGUGGUAAAUCUCUGCCUGGAGUCUACACCAAUGUGAUUUACUACCAAAAAAGGAUUAACACCACUAUCUCAAGAGCUGAGAUCUUGGAUACCAACAAUCUGGACUUAUCUGACUUCCUGUUCCCUAUUGUACUGCUCUCUCUGACUCUCCUGGGACCCUCCUGUGCCUCUGGGCCUAACAUUAUCAGGAGAGUAGGCAGUGUAGCUGAAGCCACUGGCCAAGUACAGGGCUACGAAGGAAAUGCAUGGAGAAUAAGCCCCAGGGGCAGAGAACUCACAGGAGAGUCACUGGGACUCUGGAUGACUUCAUUAAAAUAA